CUGGCCCUCCCGCCCGACUUUGUGGCGUACCUCCUCGAAGACGGCCUGUCGUUAGCCGCGGACUCGCAGGCGAUGCCCGCGAGGAUCCGGCCCGACAUUGCCGAACAGAUGGAGAGCGCCUUCACGCUCAGCGACGAGGAGGACGACGCGGGCGUCGCCGACGCACGCCACUUCCCCGAGCUGGAGGACGCGAUGAGGGAGGCGAUCGAGUCACUGGGCGGCGCGGUGACCCCGAAGCUCACGUGGUCGUCGCCGAAGGAUGCGGUGUGGAUGGCCACCACCAACGACACCCGGUGCCAAAACCCCGCGGAGGUGAUGCUUCUCCUCAAGGCGUCGGAUGCGGUGGCAUACGACCUUCAGGACGCGUACGCGCAGUGCGUGGACGCCUCCGAGAGCUCGAGCGCGGCGCUGACGACGGGCGUCGUGCUGACCCUGAGGAAGUGGGCGGGCCUGUCGCCGAGCAUGGAGUUCCGGUGCUUCGUGCGGCGGGGUAACCUGCGCGGCGUGUGCCAGAGGGACGUCGCCAACUUUUAUCCCUUCUUGCCGGAGCAGGUCGGUCAGAUCGAGGAGGCCAUCGCGGUGUUCUGGCAGGAGAACGUGCACGGCGUGUUCCCCGUCGUCGACUACGUCAUGGACGUGUACGUGACGAGUAGGAAAAAGGUGAAGAUAGUCGACUUUAACCCGUACGGCGGGGCGACGCUGCCGCUGCUGUUCGACUGGAACGAGCUG